AUGCCCGCUAAAAUAACACUGCAUAGUCCAACGCCUUCCCUGGCUCCUCUUCUUCUUCCUUCCUCACCAACCGACUCGGUCAUAGACCUUCCUCUUUCACCACCACCACAUAAACGUCGCAAUAGUUUACCAGUUCCCCAUGCGUCCAUACUCUCCCGCAUACUAUUUCUUCUUACUUGUGCGGCUGUCACACUCUUUGGAAUUGUGUUGUUAUUACGAACAAUACCCAACUUGUCACUUCCUAUAACAAUAGAACAAGUAAAGAUACAAGCAGAAGUGUUGGAGGAAUAUUCAAAUGGGAGUUGGAAAGGAUGGACUCAUAUAGUGUUUGUGUUGAGCGUUAUCUACGUAUGGAAGCAGGCCUUCUCAGUGCCGGGUGCCAUAUUUUUGAACAUUCUCGCUGGAGCACUGUACGGCCCAGUUGUUGCAACUCUCUUGACUUCCAUUUUAACUGGAAUCGGCGCAUCUUUUGCGUACUUUAUUGGUAAAUUCGUCGGUCAGCCUAUCUUUGAGCAACAUUUUCCGGAUAAACUCGUCUAUCUCCGUAAGCAAGUAGAGGAAAACAAUGACGGGCUAUUUUAUUAUUUGGUAUUCAUAAGGAUGUUUCCUCUGUCGCCUUGGUGGCUUCUUAAUCUCGCCUCACCUCUACUUUGCAUUCCUCUGGGACCAUUUUUCUUCUCAAUGGUCUUCGGAUCAAUCCCAUACAACCUUGCAUGCUGUCAAGCGGGUGAUAUUCUCCAAGAACUUAGUUCCACGGCUGACAUAUGGCAACCAAUUUUACUGUUGAAAAUGUUAUUGGUGUCAAUAUUGAGUUUGGUUCCGCCAUUUUUGACAAGGCGGCUCAAGCGAUGGAACGAAGAGCGCGUUGCAAGGGGCGUAAUGGUCUCGGAAAUGACAAGCGUAUGA